AUGAAGAUAGUAUUGAGCUGUGCGGAUGGUUCUGGAGAAGACUAUAAACUGCUACCCAGUGGUCCAGCUUCAUUGCCAGAUGAGCAGGUGCCUAUAUCACACAACGACGACAAUGUUUACUGGAAGGAGUUAUGGAUGAUUGUGUAUGUCUGGGUGGCUUUUCUUAUUGUUCAGAUUGUUAAGGUAAAGUUAACAACCAGAGUAGUACCAUUUGCAGUCUCCGUUACGCUCUUUGAAGCCAAAUUCUUAUGCAAAGGACCAGGGUAUAGUUCAACGCAAGACAAAAUUCACUCUAUUCUUUUUGUCAGUCAGAAAAUCUUGUCAAGAAAUCCUUGGCAAGGAAAAAUCACUGAAGAGGUUUGGAUUCAAAAUUCCUUGAUCAUUGGUUUUGAUCCCAAGUCUUCCACUGCCAUUUCCAAGUGUAUGAUAAUGGGUGCUUCAGUUUCAACUGUAUACUUCAAUUUGAGGCUUAGGCACCCAACACUGGACAUGCCCCUUAUAGAUUAUGAUCUGGCAUUUCUCUUUCAGCCAAUGAUCAUGCUGGGCAUCAGCAUAGGAGUGGCCUUCAACGUCAUGUUCGCCGACUGGAUGGAAGACAAUUAUGAGGCGACUGUAAACCACGAGUCGAAUGAAAGCGAUAAACUUUCACUUUUACCAUUCCCUUCACGUUUAGGAUACUUUUCUCCUAGGUCAGUUAAUCAAGGAUCUUGUUGA